AUGCUUGAGAAAGGGUGGCGGAAGAAACUUCACGACAGACGACCAAAAACGCCGCUUGAAGUCAAAGGCACAGGUGAUGGUGUGACCGAGAACGAGAAGCCGACUGAUCAGCCAGCUACGACACCCGCUGCAAAGGCCGACAAACCUUUCUGGAGGAAGACUCUACACGACAGCCGACCACAGUCCGCUCUCGGCCUCCACGUCGCGGCUUCGCGAGGUGAUGAUACCAACGGCUCGCGCAGAGAUAGUGGUUCAAGUAUAUCAGCAUUGCCGGCACCCCGCGCGAGGAAUGAGACUAGGCCCAAGUUUGCACGAUAUCUGUCCGAGUAUUUGUCGCUCACGGCCGGGCCGAAACCCGAGUUCCCUUUCCCAGAACCUUGGGAUGAAGAUGCUCCAUUUGAGCCAGAACCGCCCGUCGAUCCUCUGUUUGCUCUGCAACACAUCCGCUCCCAUAUUGGCAAUCGUGGAUGGAUCCCUCUUCCUGUACAGCACAAUAGCGGGAUCCUACGAAUUUUCGAGGACUAUCAAAAGGUUCGAGAAGAGAAGGAGCGUCUGAACGACUUGUUGAAGAAUACUCUGGAUGAUUUUCAAAUUGCCGAGGAAAGCUGGGGCGAGGAAAAGUCUCGUUAUCAGGAUGAGAUCCGACGUCUCGAGCUCUUGAUUGCCCAGGGCGCCCCUGGCAUGGUCGGCCUCAUGGAGGCUAGGCAAGGCUCAGUCGUUGAGCGUCCACGCAAGACGCCUUCAUCAGACCAACCCGAGGUGGUUUACAAGCCAAUGACCAUGGAUCAGCUCGAUAGCGAGAUCAAGGUCAGGAGCCAGAAAGCUAUUCUACACCGCCCGACUUCACCAUCCGGAUCAAUGGCUGCACUUUCAAAGAAGCUUCUGCGCCAAGGCCGGGCAGAAGAACUCCAUGUUGGCACGCCCCCUACGGUUGGACAUCAGUUGACUCUGUCCCGGAAGGUAAAGAGCGAGUUGGACCUGUCCGAAUUGUCAACUACUUCUCCCGACCCGCAAUCCAAUCAUUCCGGUGGCGCGGACUCUAGCGAGCGGGUACUGAGAACGAGCAAAAUGCCAGCAGAAGUCACCUUGGAGGUCGGCGCCGAGUUCGAGGCCUUCGUAGCCUUGAAAGAACUGGCCACAUUGGUUGCUCGUCGACGAGGGCUCAAUGCCCAGGAUUUCGUGUCCAAGCUUAUGAAGCUCUAUGAAACUGAGAGUGAUCGCGGGUCUCAGACGGACGAUUCAUCUCUGAGUUACCAACACAAGAGUGCUGAUUACAACGCGCCGGUCGCCACCGGAGGCGAAGAGACACAUCUCCAUCCGGCGCAACUCUCCAUUCCGCCCACGAUGGAUGAACGGCACUUUUCCUUUGAGCCAGGUGAUGAUCAGCUAGUCCUCCUCACAGACAAGUUUAGGGAGUGGGAUCUCACACGAGCAAGAUCUCCGUCCGGACCACAGUCAACGUCUUCAUCUGACUUUUCCGAGAAUGUGACAGAUGACGUUGCGGAGGCCUCCUUACGAAGGGUGCAAACUUUGAGCGCAGAUGUUACGAUAAAGCCGUCCAAGAUACCCAGUCCGGUACAGUCCCCCUUGGGCCGAACACGGAGGGAAGGUCCCACCUCCAGCCUACGAACAACGCAAAACCGGGGCAGGUUGAACGAUCGACCGAAUUCAAGCUCUAGUGUACAAACGGCUUUCCGUGACAGGUCGAGCAAGCCGAAUGAAGAGCUCAUUCAGAACUUCAAGGCGGCCUUCCCUCACGUCGCGUCGACCACUCGCUCGCAGUCCAUCGGUAACCAUUCUGGGCCGUCCCUCACGGAUGCGCUCGACGUAGCGCAUCACAAUGUUCGUCACUUUGGCGAUCACGAAGACAUCAAAGACGCGGACCCAACCCCGCGAGGGAAUACAGAACAAUGGCGAUUUACGCCAUCACUUCUCGAUCCCAACAGUUUCGCGUUUGCUUCUUUCGCCAACCAACCGCCUGGAUAUUACACGCCAACCCCUGGCGGCACGAACACCCUCUAUCACAGCCAGGCGGGAGACCUACACACGCCCGGCUUCAGCUUCGGCCUAGGCACCCCGCUCUCACUACCGACCUCUGAAGGCGGCGUACAUGCUGGUCAACCGGCGCCUUCUGGCCAUCUUCACGGUUUCAAUCCCCAUGCAUUGUCUACUCAACACUUCCAGAACCAAAAUCCCUUUUCGUUGCCGUCCCAACACGGACCCGCCUUUGCGCCUCAUGAGUUCAGUCACCAACCUUCCGUGUUUGAGCACGCGCAGCUUGGGCAGGUUCAUGAACAGUCCCCCUUGGACAACGUCAUGCCGGAUGUCGAGAUGCAGGAGCAGUCUCCAGUAGUGGGUUACGCUACUCAACCGCAACCCUUCCAGCAAAACAUGGCCCCGACCCUUCCUCAGCAACCAGCUAACUCGUUCCGGUUUCAUGUUACUUUGAAUGCUCCAACGGCAAUGAUCAAGAAUGCGGACGAGAUUCCUGUAACCUACCUCAACAAGGGGCAAGCAUAUACGAUUACGCUGGUAGAUACUGCGCUGCCUCAGCAGACUUCCAACACAGUGCUCAAGUAUCGAACGUACAUUCGCAUUUCAUUCGAGGAUGAGCAGCAGCGCCAGAGGCCGGCGGCUUGUUGGCAGCUUUGGAAAGAAGGGCGCGGGACUAAUGAGGCGCAUCAAAGAGGCGGACGCCUUCAAGCGGUUGAGUUCGUCGAUCCGAGCCAGGCUGGGGGUGGGGAGGUGCAAGGCCGGCCGCGGGUGGAGCUCGAGUCCGCCUCCUUCGAUGGUUUCGCCGUCACUUGGAUUCCAGUGCACAACAAUCCUCCGGAGUGCUCACUGGCUGUGCGUUUCAACUUCCUCUCAACGGACUUCAGUCACUCGAAGGGCGUCAAAGGCAUACCGGUUCGUCUAUGCGCCAAAACCGAAGUCGUCUCCGCCGGACCUGGAUCGCCUCCAGAGCCCCCGGCAAUGGAACUCUGUUACUGCAAAGUGAAGCUCUUCCGAGACCAUGGAGCGGAGCGGAAGCUGUCCAACGAUGUAGCACACGUUAAGAAGACCAUCGACAAGUUGAAACAGCAGAUUGCUCAGGUGGAAUCUGGAAUGAAAGACUUCGGAAAGCGCAAGCGCAGUGGAUCGGUAUCCAAAACUGCGCCCAGUUCUCGACCAGGGAAGGUGCCCAAACACAAGAGGACGUGGUCCAUGUCUUCAAAUAGCUCAGCUUCCGGUGCGCGCGUGGCGGCGGAAGAAGACUUGCAACUUAAGCUGCAGUCGCUCCAGGAUAUGUUCAGUUCCACGAGGCCGGUUAGCGUGCUCUAUCUAAAGGGAGAUGAGCACGACGACCCAGAUCUUCAUCCCGUGCAGCUGUCCGGCACGAUGGAUCUUUCGAAGAUUGAUACAAACGUAGAUUCGACCAUGUGGGAGCACCAGAGUUCCCAUACUGGAACCUCGUCCAUUGUAUCUCCGACACCGAGCUCCCAAUCACUCCACUCCGGCGGUCAUCGGCGUUCCUCAUUCCAGCAACCGGCUCCGUUCCAACCGCCGUCUCGGAUGUCCUCGAACGAAUGGAGAGGCCACCCUCAAACAGCGACAGGUGAUCUGAAACCUCUUUCCGCAAUUCCAGAUGGCUCGGAUGAACCGCGAAGAGUGCAAAGGCCGUAUAGUGACGAUCAUGCCCUUUCUGGGUGGAUUGAAGCUGUGGGUGUCGACCCUUCCUAUGUCCCGCCACCGGAACCAAUGGUCAAACCAGUUGCUUGUUUCUUCGUUCAACCAAGGGUUGCUGGGCGGGUGCCGAGCGAUAACUACUUCCGCGCCGUCUACCUCUUGGAACGGACAUUGAAGGCUCUUGUGGGCGGAAUAUCCAUGAAGGCUGAUAUCGAGCCGACAAAAGUUACGAGGGUUAUCCGGAUCAAUGAGAAAGGCCUUCAGAUUCUCAUGGACGAUGAUGCUGUACGGGAGAUACCCGAACAACAGGAUAUGGUCGCUGAAUUCCACGAAAUCACCUCAUCACAGCAGCCCUUGAAACGCGAGUGGGAUGCUGGUUCAACGGACAUACAGGUCGACGGAGAUGUAGGCGCCAUCGAAACCGUCAAUUCCACUGGCUACGAGCUCCGACUCCUCUUCUGA